AUGGCGUAUUUUGUCAACUGGGCGGGCAUGGACCCAUCCGUCGUCCCUGCUGCCUCGCUCACCCAUGUCUUCUACGCCUUUGCUGCAAUUGACGCCAGCACAUACCAGUAUUCCGUACCUUCUCUCUCCCAUUUCACAGGUCGUCCCUCCAACCCAGCAGUGGACGUGACUCAGGGCCUCUAUCUUUUCAACUCCGCCCUGAAGGCCCUCAGCCCGUAUUCAUUCGAAACCCCUCAUCUCCUCUCCCCUUCCCACACAGGUCGUCCCUUCCAACCCAGCAGUGGACGUGACUCAGGGCCUCUAUCUUUUCAACUCCGCCCUGAAGGCCCUCAGCCCGUCGUCCUCUCCAGCCCAGCAGUGGACGUCACCCAGGGUCUCAACCUUCGCUCCCACUCCGCCUUUAAGGCCGCCAACCCCUAUUCAUCCCAAACCCCACACCUUCUCUCUCCCCACUCGUCAUCUUCACAGGUCGUCCCAUCCAACCCAGCUGUCGACGUGACCGAGGCUUUCGUCAACGCCGCCUCCUCCCCCUCCUCUCGUUCCGCCUUCAUCCAAUCCGCGAUCGCCCUCGCCCGAUCGUACAACUUCGACGGUCUGGAUAUCGACUGGGAGUACCCAACAGGCAACGCCGCCCUUUUCUCCGCCCUGCUCACGGAUUUCCGGGCGGCGAUCGAAUCUGAAGCCGCUUCGUCUGGGAACCCCCAGCUCCUUCUCUCUGCAGCAGUUUCUGCCUACGAGCCGACAAUUGCUGAAUCCUACGACGUCCCGACACUCAACAGUGCGCUGGACUUUGUAAAUGUUAUGACGUACGAUCUGCAUGGUUCAUGGGAGUUAAUCACCGGCAUGCACACUGCUCUGGAGGAUCUGAGCAACCCCCAGCUGAGCCUCAAGGGUGCCAUGGCUGCCUGGGUGUCCCGAGGCUUGGCCCCGAGCAAGGCCAUGCUAGGCUUGGCAAUGUACGGCCGAACCUGGACUCUAGCCUCGGCAAGCAGUACUGGGGUUGGAGCUGCGGCCACUGGGCCUGGUCAGCCUGGGUCUAUCAGUCAGUGCUCCCCGCCACCCUUUACCGGCCCCCCUCCGCCCGCAAGCGGCUCCCCAACCCCCUCUACUGGGCUGAAGCGCAUGGCGUAUUUCGGCAGCUGGGGGAGCAGGGCCGCCAUCCCUGCCGCCAAGCUCACGCAUGUCUUCUACGCCUUUGCUUCCAUCAACCCCACCACAUACAAGGUCGUCUCUUCCAACGCAACAGUGGAAGUCGACGGGGGUUUAUAUAAGCUCUUCAACACGGACCUAAAGAGAGCCAACCCCGCCGUCAAGACGCUCCUCUCCAUCGGGGGUGCCACUGCCGGCACCACCGUUUUCAGCAACUCCGCCUCCUCCACCGCCACCCGCUCUGCUUUCAUCCAAUCCGCGAUCGCCCUCGCCCGCGCGCACAACUUCGACGGUCUAGAUCUCGACUGGGAGUUCCCGAGUGGCAAGGCCGCCUCGUUCUCUGCGCUGCUCACGGACUUCCGGGCGGCGAUCGAAUCCGAAGCCGCUUCCUCUAAAAAACCCAAGCUGCUGCUCACGGCGGCGGUCGCUCCCGACGAGAAGAGAAUCGCUGAAUCCUACAACGUCCCGAUGCUUAACAAAAACGCUGGACUUAAUCAAUAUUAUGACGUACGGUUUCCACGGGCCUUCGUGGGAGAAAACGACUGGCAUGCACACUGCUCUGGAGGAUAG